AUGGUGUUGAAGACGAAAGUAUUCAACUGGGCCAUAUUGGGAGUCGCUGCCCUUCUCGGCACGACACACGCCGCAGAGGCAUUCUGUACCCAGUCUGACAUUUCGUCAUGCUCCAAGGCGAUUAUCAGUACUAAAACGAGGACUGCGUCGUUGACAAGCUUUUGUUCAUCUGUGCUAGGCUGCGUCAAGACUACAACUACUAUUUCUGGGUCUCCCGUUACUGUAACGAGCACUAAAAUCAUUGUGGAGACAUAUACGCAAGAGGUCAUCGAAACGACAUAUACCGAUGUAGCCACCUCAACAGUGCGCCCAACCUACACUGUCGAGAAAUUCGCGAUUACUACUCGUAAAUUGAAUGGGCGUUGCGAAGCCAACCAUCCUCGAAACCUUCGACGAGCGCCAACGUCAAUAUGUCCUCCAGCCGAUGAGACCAAAGCAUGCUCCUGCUUAAUUGGGGCGUGUGCCACGCCAGUUACAAAAGACGUUAGGAAGACUAUUACGGAAAAAACUACAGAAACCUACUGGAGUCUUAUAGAGAAAAGUAUUACCUACACGAAUACCGAAUACGUCCCUAUACUCUCCACGGAGACCAUUCCAUAUACAUGGACGGAAACUGCCGGCAUCUUAUCCACCCACACUACAACCAUAAAGUGCACUCCGAGUGCUACCACCUCUACCUCAUUCUUCCAUCUUCAGGCCACGAACGCGCCAGAUAUUAAUGGCAAAUACCUCUGGAUAGCCCCGAUAAGCCCGAGAAUUCUCAGCUUUUCAAUAGAACCCCAGGUUAUUGAAAGCAUUGAGGCUGCGUCAGUUUUCUCUAUCGACGAUGAAGGGAGAUUGAUCACCCGGCACUUGAAUGGCACUCACUUCGCCAACGCUGACAACUAUGGCGACUUUCAGCUUUUUCACAUGGUGCCUCGCGAUGAAAUACAGCGUCGCUCAUACAACUAUUUCCGCUGUUCUCUGAAACCGCCAAGCGGCAAAUACCAAGGAGGUUUCAAAGAGCUGUAUUGUAAGGCGGAUGGUUUCUGGGGACUCGACAUCUUCAAUUACUGCCCGUUAUAUAAAGAAUGGUUCAACGCUGGUUUUGUAUUAGGCACGGAGUGGUCUGAAACUUCGCCAGAUUGCUAUGCCGUGGUCUUCUUAGUAAAGCCGAUUUGCGGAUGGACAUAG